AAUCAAGUCUCAGCCUCAGCCAUUAAAAUCUGAUCGGAUAAACCUCAGUAAUGUUGUAUAUAUUACUACUCAUCGACCUCGCCUUAAUUCCUAGCAUUGUUAUUUGUUCAAUUUCCAUGGAUUCUCAUAAAGAAAACCAGCAGAUUCACUUUGUUUUGUUUCCUUUCAUGGCUCAAGGCCACAUGAUCCCGAUGAUCGACAUUGCUAGACUUUUGGCUCAGCAAGGCAUCGUUAUCACCAUACUCACUACCCCUCGCAACGCAGCCCGUUAUCAAACAGUUAUUAGUCGCGCCAUCGAUUCCGGGCUUCUUAUCCGGUUAAUUCAACUGAAAUUCCCAUCUGAAGAAGCUGGAUUGCCAGAAGGCUGCGAGAACUUUGACAUGCUACCUUCACACGGCUUGGCAGUCACUUUCUUUGCUGCCACUGCCCUGCUUCAACCGCAAGUGGAGGAAGUGUUUGAAGAGAUGACCCCCAAGCCAAAUUGCAUAAUCUCUGACAUGUGUCUUCCAUGGACAAUCGACAUUGCUCGCAAGUUUCACAUUCCAAGGCUAUCUUUCGGCGGAACAUGUUGCUUGGCUUUCUUGGUUAUUCAUAAUUUGAGGGUAUCCAAUAUACUUGAAAAUGUAACUUCUGACUCGGAGUACAUUGUUCUGCCUGAGAUGCCAGAUCGAAUUGUGAUCACCAAAGCUCAGCUUCCAGCUGGGGCAGUGACACAAAACGUGAAAGAUUAUAAUGAUAGGAUGGUAGCAGCUGAGAUGGCGUCAUACGGGAUGAUCGUGAAUAGUUUCGAGGAAUUAGAACCAGCAUAUGUUAAAGCAUACAAGAAGGCAAGAAAGGAUAAAGUCUGGUGCAUUGGCCCAGUUUCGCUGUGCAACAAAGAUGACUUGGAUAAGGCACAAAGAGGUAACAAGGCUGCAAUUGAUGCACAUCACUGCUCGGAUUGGCUUGAUUGUCGUGAAUCAGGCUCUGUAGUUUAUGUUUGUCUCGGAAGUUUGUGUAACCUAGUGUCUGAACAACUGAUGGAGCUUGGAUUGGGGUUAGAGGCAUCGAAUAAGCCGUUCUUUUGGGUUGUAAGGGGCUGUAGCCAAACAGAGGAAUUGAAGACAUGGAUUACAGAAAGCGGAUUUGAGGAGAGGACCAAAGACAGGAGCCUGUUGAUUUGGGGUUGGGCUCCGCAAACACUGAUAUUGUCACACCCUGCCAUUGGAGGGUUCUUAACACACUGUGGAUGGAAUUCAGCAUUGGAAGGGAUAUGCGCCGGCCUGCCUUUGAUCACAUGGCCACUUUUCGGAGAUCAGUUUCUCAAUGAGAAACUUGUUGAACAGAUUCUGAAAAUUGCAGUGAGAGUUGGGAUUGAAAAUCCAAUGAAGUGGGGAGAGGAGGAGAAGAUUGGGGUGUUGGUGAAAAAGGAAAAUGUGAAGGUGGCCGUAGAGAAGUUGAUGGAUGGAGAAGAAAGCGAAGCGAGAAGAGAGAGAGCCAGAGAGUUGGGAGAGAUGGCAAGGAGAGCAGUAGAAGAAGGGGGAUCUUCUCACCUAAACAUUACACUGCUAAUCCAAGAUAUCAUGCAACAAGGAAAUAAUGGCAGUGAGACAAACUAAUUAAGAAGAGAGAUUUUAGGAUUAUGUGUACUGUAUUAGGAUAUUAGGGUUAUACGCAUGAUGGAAGCUUAAGAUAUUAGUAUUAUACUUCAAUACGCAUGUUGGGCCCUUUUAAAAAAAAAAAAUUAUUAUUAUUAAGGGGAGAGGCCGGAAGAGUUCAAAACUAUUAUAAUUAAGGAAACGGAGAAGUUACCUAGGAAUAUGGAUAUUAGACCACAUGUUGCACCAUAUUAGGAUUAUGGAUUGUUAUAUGUGCAAGUGUACCGAGUGUUGUGGAUUUAGCAUGUUGGUUAAUGGAAUAUAUCUUAAUUUUCUGCACUCAAAUGGUAUAGUGUAUUGAUCUGUAAUCAUGGUCGAAGAAGUUGGAAUGCAGUAUCAAUGGCGGCUAAAGAAGUGGUAUCAUGUGGGCAUAAACUAUACUAAAGAGUGAAAACCUACGUACCAACCCAGCCAAACUUAGGACGGCUGGGACUCAUGUCGGAUUUUCACAGUUUUUAGUUUGUUGCUACCGAAUCUAGGGCUCAUGAUGCACUCAGUUGUAGUUAUUUUUUAAUAUGCAUUGUUUUAGACUUCAGGAGUAGGGGAAUAAAUUGUUGUUUUUAGGAUCA